AUGGCUGCUGUUCAAACAGGUCCGCCUCGAGCGCCAGCCGAGAAGGCAAAACAGUGGUUUGACGAGACCGUCAGCGUACCAGACUCAUUCCGCGACCUGCUCAUCAACUAUAGUCAUAUCCCAGAAGACAAAGUAGACAACCAUGUGGUUGCGUUGAGAAAUCGUGCAUGGGAGAUCCAUCCAUAUCCCUGCCUUGGACAGUUUCGCUUCCUGGAACUUAACCUGGCCGAUAGAGGAGACCUAUAUAUUCGAUUGCUUGACAUUCUGAAGUCUGGUGGUCGUUUCCUGGACGUCGGGACGUGCUUAGGACAGGAUCUCCGCAAGUUGGUCUAUGAUGGGGCACCAGCGUCGAGUGUUGCCGGUGCUGAACUGAACACCGGCUUCAUUGAGUUGGGCUAUGAACUGUUCGGUGAUAAAGACUCGCUGGAGUCGCUCAUUGUGUCUGCCAACAUCUUGGAGCCGAUUACGGGCUCAUCGCUAGAAGAAUUGGAAGGCAAAUUAGAUGUUGUACAACUUGGAAUGAUCCUGCACUUGUUCAGCUGGGAGGAACAGAUAGUAGCUUUUGAGAACGCGAUCAAGCUCUUGAAACCAGAAAAGAAAGGAACAUUGUUCAUAGGCCAGGCAUCAGGCAACUUGGAUGGCAUUGCUACGGGCGGCGCGUGGGGAAGGGUGACGUUCAAACAUAAUGUGGAGUCGUUCGAAAAGCUGAUCAAGGAGCUCGGCGACAAGACUGGCACACAAUGGAAGGUCACAGCUUCGCUCGAUAACGGACUCAGCAUAUUCGACGGGAAGAGAACAUGGGAUGAUCCCAAGACUCGGAGGCUGCUUUUCGAGGUAGAAAGGAUUUGA